UCUCUGAAUUUGCUUUCCUCCUCCUCGGCUCCCCUCUCCUCCCCUCUCCGAUCUCCGCUCGCGACCGGCGUGCUCUCACCACCGCGCCCCGUUCCCCUCCUACGCCGCCUGCUCCUCCCUUCCCCACCACCGGCGCCGCACGCCCUCCUCGCCCGCACACUCCCCGCCGCUAGCUAUUCCAAGAAACGGGCGGAAGUGGGUGAAAGAGCGGGACCCAGCAGGAGGGAGCGGGCAAGAUGAUCGGCGUCGGGAAGGCGAAGCAGUACGCCAACGUCCUCGACAAGCCCCUCAGCCGCGGCAGGCAGGAGGUCAGUUUGAGUGCAUUUGCAUUCUUAUUCUCAGAGUUGGUUCAGUACAACCAAACACAAGUCGACAACAUUGCGGAGCUGGAACGGAGACUGGAGGAUGCUGGUUAUGCUGUUGGUGCAAGGGUACUUGAACUUCUCUGUCACAGAGAGAAGGGGAAUAGGCGAGAAACACGACUUCUGGGGAUUUUAUCAUUCAUUCACAGCACUGUAUGGAAGGUCCUAUUUGGAAAGGUGGCUGACUCACUUGAGAAGGGAACUGAACAUGAGGAUGAAUACAUGAUUAGUGAAAAGGAGCUUCUUGUUAACCGGUUCAUUUCGGUGCCAAAAGAUAUGGGAGCAUUCAACUGCGGAGCCUUUGUUGCAGGAAUUGUAAAGGGUGUAUUAGAUAAUGCUGGCUUUCCUGCAGUAGUCACUGCACACUUUGUGCCAAUUGAAGGCCAGCAAAGGCCAAGGACGACAAUCUUGAUCAAGUUUGCUGAGGAGGUUUUGCACCGAGAAGCAAGACUUGGCUGAGUUUCAUGCUAUGCAUGUACACCAAACCUUUUUUUUUCUGGUCUAUUUGUGAGGUGAAUCGAGGCUGGGUAGUUUGGCAGUUUCUUGUACUCGAUUUAUGUAAUAGUAGUUUGAGAAUAAAAGUGGUGAAGAUGAUAUUGCAGGGGCUUCAUCAGUCUUGUUGGAAUUCGAAAUGUAAGGCAUUGCUUUGUCUACCAAAUCCGCUCCUGUAUCAGAUACUUUUCAUUGACUUUCACCUUAUAUAAAAGGAAUAUUUCAUCUUUGACCA